GCCGUUUUUAACAGGUGCCAUAAGACACAAUCUCUGUAUAUAUAAACUAGCGGCGUGCAGACGACAAGGUUUAGUCAGUCGAUCAUUUUAACCGCGAAUGUGGACCUCCCUUUCUUUCUUUUUUUCUCUAUCUGUUUCUGGAACGAACAAGCAGCAUCCGCGAAACUAUGACAUUUUUAUAACGUCGAAGAGAAAAACAGAAAGACGAUUGAUGUAAUAUUUGAAUGAAACACGUGCGACGAAUGUGAGACACACAAAGUAAAAAUGAAAAUGUCGUCGUAGCGAUAUUAUUUGUCGCAUUAACAGCCAAGGAAACGGGAAAUGAACUAUGAUCUAGUGGCUCUAAACAGAGGAUCUUAUCAAUCUUAUAUUUGGAUUAUACACGCCAGAAGAAAGAUGUGGAUCUACCUUGCCGUUUUAUCUGUAAUUUUCGCUGUAUAUGCGUUGAAAAAGUACAUUAGAAUCCUAAGCUUUAUUUUCUCUCUCGACGGACCGAAAACAGUGCCCAUUCUCGGGAAUGUAAAUAUCAUGCUUAAAGAAAACUUGUUGACGGAAAUGGCAUAUGCACCGCAGAAUUAUGGCCGCAUUAUCCGGAUAUGGUUGACAGUUGUGCCGUACGUCGUGCUCACAGAACCGGAGGAUAUCCAGGCGGUGUUAAGCAACGUGAAGCACACGCAGAAGAUAUUCUUCUACAAGUUGCUCGACAAUUUUCUGGGCAAGGGGCUGCUUACGCGAGAAGGUCACAAGUGGAAGAUACACCGGAAAAUGUUGCAGCCGGUCUUUCAUCUGCAUAUGCUGGAAAAAUUCAUCAAAAUGUUCAACGAGCACGCUGAUGUUUUGGUCAACAAGUUACUCGACAAGAACGGCGAGAAUGUAAACGUCACCACGCUCGUUAACAAUUCGGUCUAUGAUAUAUUGAGAGAAACGGUUUUGGGCAUGACAAGUCAAAGAAGCAACGACGACGAGGAUGACACACCAUUCAGAAAAGGUCAGGUAAUGAUGCUGUAUCGAUUCGCGCGACCGUGGUUGUUAAUCGAUUGGAUCUACCGACUGACGGAAGCCGGAAGAUCGGAGAAACGACAGCAGAAAGCUCUCUAUGAAUUUUGCUUGAAGAAGAUGAAAGAGAAGCGUGAGUUUCUGCGCAAAAAUGCUGUCUCCGACAAUGAAACGAGAAAAGAUACAUGUGCGACUAGAAAGAUGUGUUUGCUCGAGUACUUGGUCGAAAUCAGCGAGAGGAAUCCCUUCUUCAGUGAACAGGACAUUAUCGAGGAAUGUUGCACCUUCAUGCUGGCCGGCCAGGAAUCGGUCGCCACCGCUGUCGCAAUAACGCUUUUUUUUCUGGCAAACAAUCCCAAAUGUCAGAAAAAAUGCAUCGACGAGUUGGAUCAGAUCUUCGGCAACGACAACAGACUGCCCACUAUGGCAGAUCUCAAAGAGAUGAAUUAUCUGGACAUGUGUAUCAAGGAAUCUUUGAGGUUGUAUCCCAGCGUGCCGAUUUUUGCGCGGACGGUCAGUCAAGACGUGAAAAUAGGGAAAUAUGUGAUACCGGCCGGUUGCGGCGUGUUUAUAUCACCAUAUAUGACACAUCGUCUGUCUCAUCACUUUCCCGAUCCUUACAGCUUCAAGCCGGAACGUUUCAGUCCCGAAAACUCUAAAACAAGGCAUCCCUAUGCCUUCAUUCCGUUUAGCGCUGGUCCUCGCAACUGUAUCGGAUAUAAAUUCGCCAUGCUCGAAAUGAAGUCGGUCAUUAGUGCCGUUCUGAGGAAAUGCCGGCUAGAGUCGGUAACUGGCAAAGAAGAAAUAAUAGCCAAGUUUCGAAUGACGAUCAGAGCUCAAGGUGGUCUUUGGGUGAAAGUGAGAGCGCGCGAUUGACCAGAAAUAUAAUCGGCGAGAUAUGUUUGAUUGAUGGUCGUCUACGAGAUCUUGCUAUUUACAGGACAGGAUUAUGUAAUAUAUUUUAGAAAAGCGACACUAUAAGAGAAGAAUUCUUCAGACAGACAUUAUGUCAUAAGAAUCGGAAUAAUUCUUUUCCAUAUAUAUAUAUAUGGUAAAGAGACAUUGGCGCACAAAAUACACAACGAUAAAAUUAUACAUUUUUAAAAUUGUUUUUUGCUUAAAAGUCAAUAUCGCAAUUUCUUUUUUUUUUUUGUAAAAGAGGUGUAGGCAAUACAUUUAGUGUAAAUAUGUAAAAUAACAGUGCAACGAAUACACACACACACAUGGAAAAUUGUAUUAAUAUAUACGUGAAAACUUCUUGUUGAACUUUUGCGAAAUACGCUACAACUUGACUCUGUGCACAAAUCUCUUUUCUCAUAUUAACCUUAUGUGUCACUAUAUAGUGACUUCCUAAGCUAAGCGACGUUUUAG